UUAAACAUUUUUUCACUGAAUUGAGCUAUGACAUUGCUCUCCCAAACACACGGAUAUCGACGUUGUUUCUGUUGAAACAAGCGAAGCAGUCUGACGUUACGACUGCUGAAGCAAAUCUGAUCAGUGUCGGAGGAGUAGUUGUCUUUGAGGACAGAGCUGGGUGGAGGAGGCGAGCUUCAGUGGUCGGUGUUGCUGGUUCAGUCACUGCAGCCACUAGAUGGAGGCUCCCCCACGGCUGUGCAGCGAUGGCCCAACACCAGCCUUCCUGACAGGGCUUAAAGUCAGAGGAGGCGGAGGCGGAGAGGCUAAUUGGAAAAGGAGGGUCAGGGCAGCGAGUCGAUGAGAGUGCCGAUGAUGGCCACGCUGAGGACGUCCGUGGCCUUUCUGCUUCACCUGGCUUCCUCUGUGGCGGCGCCGGUGCCGUGUGAGGAGAGGGUGAGCCGGCUGGAAGCGGAGAUCCAGGGCUUGAUGAACGUAAUCAGUGAGCAGCACCGCUACAUCCAGGAGCUCCACAGCAGCCAGGCGCAGCAGCUGCAGCAGAUCCCCAACUCGUACCUGGGCCUCGACGACCUCUACAGAGACUGCUCUGAGGUGUUUGAGGAUGGAAACGUGGCCAGCGGGCUGUACGCGAUUCGCCCGGACGGUGCUCCCACGGCGCUGAGCGUGUACUGCGACAUGAACCACGGAGGAGGGUGGACCGUCUUCCAGAGGAGGAGAGACGGCAAAGAGAGCUUCGACAGAGCGUGGGUGGAGUACAAGCAUGGAUUCGGAGACCUCUUCUCUCCUGCUGGAGAGUUCUGGUUGGGCAAUGAACCCCUGCACCAUCUGACAUCACAAGGGAACUAUGACCUGCGCAUCAACAUGGAGGACUUUGAGGGGACCGAGCGCUACGCCGAGUACAAGAGCUUCAAGGUGGACGGCGAACAGGAUCAGUACCAGUUACAUCUGGGCGAGUUCACCGGGAAUGCUGGCGACGCUCUGGCCGACGCCCAAGGGGCGGGACCGGGCAGUCCGUGUGCAGACGGGGUGAAGUUCAGCACCUACGACCGGCCGAACUGCAUCAACGCUGACGUUCAGUGCGUAAGACACAGCAAGUCGGGCUGGUGGUUCAGCAGGUGUAACGCAGGUAACCUGAACGGUCACUACUACGACGGGCCGUUCGAAGCCAUGACGGACGACGGCGUGGUGUGGUACACGUGGCACGGCUGGGCCUACUCCAUCAAGUCUGUCGUCAUGAUGAUUCGAGCAUCCGACCUCGAAGCACCGCCGCCCCCAGCGGACGUUUACCUGUCAGGAGGUCCUGACCUGGUUCCGGCGGCGGGCCGAGGCGCUCCGUGAAGCUGAG